UCUGUGGUUAACCUCUCCCCCCUAGUUUUGGUACCCGUUUGUAUAUGGAUGUGUGGGUGGACGGGGUUGCUGAGUUUUUGUAGAAGAUGACAGCGAAAGCCGGCCGUCACGAAAAGAGUGUCGUCUGCAAGGAAAAAAAAACAACCGCGUAAUUUUAAAAGCUCGAUCCAAAGUGUGUAUAACGACAGCCUCCCCCCAAUUACGUAGUUUUAGUGCAAAUUAAAUACAAAAAGUCGUUAUUACGGACUAUGUGGGGCGUGCUGAACCAGCGACCCUUAAGCGAAGCGGACUAUACCCAGCCCCCACCGCCAGAGGAAAAAGAAAGGGAAAAAAUUGCAAUGCAGACAUGUUGGGCGCCGCUGCAGACUCAAUAGGAGGCGCCAUUCCGUGAUCAUGGGGGCUGGGCCGCAGUUGCGGAGCUGGGAGUCUUACAUAAUCGGAAGGCCGAGGGCGCUCUCUAGCGCCAUCUACCAGCAAUGGGGGAAAGUGGGCUGACGAGCGAGGCUGGAAGGGCACUGGAGCUCCUCGUGGCUGCAUGCACCACAGGCGGUGGGACUGCUGGUAUAACCAUAGCCAUGUCCGAUGGGGAACAUGGGACAUUAUUCGCUGUGGUCAUUUGAGUUUCAAAGUUGGAUUCAACAUGCCGGAACUACAAAUCGUAUUGUUGUAUAUUGCCACUGUGGUUUUUAAAAGGGACACAUAUUUUAAGCAAGGGGGGUUAGUUAUGCAGUUUAUUGUGGAAAAUUAAUAGGGAAUUAAUAAUGAAUUGGUGUUAAGACAAUUUCUUCUGUCAUCCAGACCAGGGUUUAUGGUUCAGUGGGUAGUACCAUUGGCUCACACCUAUAAGGUGGGGGUUCAAAUCCCACUUCUGAUUCCUAUUUGGAGUUUGCAUGUUCUCUUUGCAACAAUAGGGGUUUCCUCUGGGAACUCCUGUUUUGUCCUGUGAUCCAUGUGGUAUUUCCAGAAUGCCAAUAGGGUGUGUUUGUGUCUGCAUGCAUGUGGUGCCCUGUGAUGGACUGACAUCCCAUGCAGGGUGUACCCCCACAUUGUAUCCUGUUAUGCAUGGGAUAGGCUCCAAACCCCCUACAUGACCCUGAUCUGGAUAAGCAUUUGAAUGUCAGAUGGGUUUUAAGGUUUUAAAGACUUCUGUAAGAAGGGCAAUUUCUCAGACUGUAGAGCCCACUUGCUGUAGGUGGGUGGUGAGAGAAAGACAGAUAGGCAGAGAGGGAGAGAGAGCAGUAAAGGUUCUGGUGGAAACAAAGGCUGAGUGAUGCAGAGAGAUGGAGGGCAGCAGGCAGGUGAAGAUGCAUGGGAGGACAUGGAUUAAGGAGAACAUGAUGGAGAUGGGCAGACAAAGCUGCAAUUGCUUUAACCACAGUUUAUUUUUUAAAAAACAUUGGGGGUUUUGUGGAUAAAAAUUUGGGUGUUUGUCUUGGGGGUGGCCAUGCUGUCAGAAAUAUUUAAAAUGUUCCAAUUAGCUAUUCAGAUGUGUAAAAUACGGAUUAUCCAAAGAAUACGUCUUCUAGAUUGUCCAUCAAGCAGCUAAGUAAUAAAGGUGUUGGUAAUACACCUUUAUUAAAAGGUGUUGGGAUAACUGACCCUGCAGGAGACCCCAUCUUAACUUGCUGCUGCCUUUAUGUCAGUUUAACAGUAGUGUGAAAGCCGGCUUCUCCAGUGUUCAAACUGACAGAGCUGUGCUGCCGGUCCAGUGGCAGUACCAUCAUCAUCCAGGCUCACUACUUGUGCAAAUAGGAAGCAUGUUUCAGCUCCCUGUAAACAACCUCUAUAGUUUACGGAAAGCCAGGAAAAAUGUGAAGAAGGUUCUGAGCGAUAUCGGCUUGGAAUACUGCAAGGACCACGUAGAGGACUUCAAGGAGUUUGGUCCCAAUGACUUCUACGUCAAAAACACCACCUGGGAUGACCUGUGCAUGUGGGAUCCAUCAUUAACUAAAGCACAGGAGUACAGGUCGAAGCCCUUCUGGUGUUCCGGUUGUUCCUUCUCUUCGAAGUUCUUCUCGGCCUACAAGAGCCAUUUCCGCAAUGUGCACAGCGAGGACUUCGAGAGCCGCAUCCUGCUCAAUUGCCCCUACUGCACCUUCUAUGGGAACAAGGCGACACUGGAGACACACAUCCGGCUGUUCCAUGUGCCCAGCAAUGCAGUACGCCAGGCUGGUGGAGCCGCAGCAGCGGGCUCGAAGGAGGCGGGCCGGCUGGACGGCAGCAGCCCCAAGCCACGAUCUGGUGACAGCGUGGAGCAGGCCGUGUACUACUGCAAGAAAUGCACGUACCGCGACCCACUCUACAAUGUGGUGCGCAAACACAUCUACCGGGAGCACUUCCAGCAUGUGGCAGCACCCUACGUCUCGAAAGCCUCAGAGAAGUCCGUCAACGGCGGGACGUCAGCUUCAUCCGCGGCAACUUCCCGCGACACCGACGCUAUCCACUGCAAACGCUGCCUGUUCAUACCGCGCACGUACGAGGCCCUGGUGCAACAUGUCAUUGAGGACCAUGAGCGUAUCGGCUACCAGGUGACGGCUAUGAUCGGCCACACCAGCGUGGUUGUGCCACGUGCACAGCCUCUGAUGAUGAUCUCCCCAAAAACCCAGGACAAGAGCAUCCUGGGGGUGUCGCCCAAGGGCACUGUGCUGACCACUGGUGUUCGCACCCUCACCACGCAGCAGCUGAGCCGGCUGUCGCUGCCUAAGACUGGGCUGCUGUCGGCCGUGCCCCUGAAGCCAGGCCAGUUUGGUAUAAAGGGGUCCACGGCACAGGCCUUCUCGGUUGGGCAACAGGUGCGCAUCACCCUUCCAGGUAACACACAGGUGACCAUCCCGCAGCAGUCACACACCAUCCGGCAGAACACAAGUGCGCAGGGAGGCCAGGGGGCGGCCCGUACAGGUGUCCAGGCGGGGGCAGGCUCUUCCUCAACGACCCCGUCAUCCGCCCUCUCGUCCACACUGAAGACCGUGCCACUAGCCUCGCGGGUACAGGCGGCUGCCGCCACAGUGACCUCAGUAAGCCCCGGCAAGAAGGCGGGCAGCGGCGGCAGCUCCUUGCUGGGCACGUCCUACACGCAGAAGUGGAAGAUCUGCACCAUCUGCAAUGAGCUGUUCCCCGAGAACGUGUACAGCGCGCACUUCGAGAAGGAGCACAAGGCAGAGAAGGUACGUGCCGUGGCCAACUACAUCAUGAAGAUCCACAACUUCACCAGCAAGUGUCUCCACUGCAACCGCUACCUGCCCAGUGACACGCUGCUUAACCACAUGCUGAUCCACGGCCUGUCCUGCCCGCACUGCCGCAACGUCUUCCACGACGUAGAGAAGCUGGUGGCGCACACGCGUACCGCACAUUCGGAUGAGGCUGCGGGACCCCGCAAUGACUCGCCACUCACCUUCGACCUCACGCUGCAGCACGGCAACCCCAAAAACGUCCAGCUGAUCGUCACCACCUACAAUAUGAGGGACGCACCUGAGGAGUCAGUGGCCUUCCACGCGCAGAAUAAUUUCUCUUCUGCUGCACAAGGCAAAAAGGUGGCGCCCAAGAUCCCAGAGGGGCCACCCAAUGCAUUGGCAAAGAGCGUGCCCCAGGCCGCCGUACCCUACAAGAAAGACGUGGGCAAGACGCUAUGCCCCCUCUGCUUUUCCAUCCUGAAGGGCCCCAUCUCGGAUGCACUGGCGCAUCACCUGCGUGAGCGCCACCAGGUCAUACAGACGGUGCACCCAGUGGAGAAGAAGCUCACCUACAAGUGCAUCCACUGCCUGGGCGUCUACACUAGCAACAUGACGGCAUCCACCAUCACAUUGCACUUAGUGCACUGCCGUGGCGUGGGAAAGACGCAGAACGGGCCGGAGCCCCGGCCUUCAGGCACACCCCUGGCCCCCCUGAAACGCGAACCCGAGCCUGCGGACUCGCCUCCCACCAAGAGGCUCAAGUCACAGGAGCCAGGGCACCGAACGCCUCCGGGGCCGACAGGGAAGACUGAAGAGCCCGUCGUCUUGGCGCUGGACCCCAAGGGCCAUGAGGAUGCAUCGUACGAAACACGCAAGGCCUUCCUGACGUCUUACUUCAACCGUCAGCCGUACCCAUCUCGCCGUGAGGUGGAGAAGCUGGCCGCCAGCUUGUGGCUGUGGAAAUCGGAUGUCGCCAGCCACUUUGCCAACCGGCGGCGGACGUGCCUGCAGGACUGCGAGAGGAGGGGGCAGGUCGUGCUGCUGGGCUUCAGCGUAAGCCAGCUCAGCCGUGUCCAGCACGAGCUGGACCUUGAGCCUAAGGUGGUUCCAGAGAAUGCCGGCAAGAAUAAGAGUCGGACAUCCAAGGUGAUCAUCGGCCGCUCCGCAGAGGUGCUUAGCCGCUGGCGUCGGCAGAGGGCUGCAGGAGGCGGCCAGAGCCAGAGGAGGCUGGGGAACAGCGGGCCAAGCAGGACAAUCAGAAGUGCCGCCAGGGCUCCUGAGAAAGUAUCAGAACCCAUUGCCGUGGAUUCUGACAGCGGGCCGGAAGCGGAAGUCGGCACCGGGAUUAAAAACACCAGGGCUAACGAGAGGAGGGCAUUAGAGCUUGGUGAAAAGGAGACACCCCCCAGGAGAGACACUCCAUGCACCGACGGGCCCACCCGGGGGGUAGCGGAGGAGAAGGGAGGCCUUGCUGAUACAGUAGCAGGUUCACCGGAACAUCCUCACUGCACGGGUCAGACGCCAGCGAGCCACAGCGAGAACGGUUAUGGGGACGAGCAGCCGGAGAGAAGCUCUGAGGGCCCGGAGGAGGACAGAGAGAUUGUGGGCAGCAGCCGCUCCCCCUCCCCAGCGUGGCAGGACCAGCGCAGCCCGGGACACGAGAUGUCCAAAGAGGGCGGGGCUGGGGGAGCAGAACCAGUGUCUGGACUGCGGACUGCGGGCGUGGAGCUUGGCAGCCAGCAAGCAUGAGACAUGGACGUGCACACGGUCCGUCACACGCACACGUCACUGCUUACCUCAGACUCAGAGCUACCCCACAGCGAACAGUCCGGAGUGGUGACCCAGGAGGCGGGAAUGACAGCCUCCUGUUUACCCACAAGCCAUCCUCAAGGAGAGGGAGACAAAGAUUUUCUUUUUUUUGUAUAUGAAAGACAGUUUAGCUGCUUUUUUGUAAUUUCCCACCGUGGCAAAACAAACAAAAGAUUAUAAGCUGCCAUUUGUGCAGGAAAUGCAGUGUUGAAGACUCGGUGGUACUUGGUUACGUCUUCAGUAUACUUUACGUGUUCAGAUGCUUACUCAAUGAUCAUGAUUUAUUUGGCCGCAGAAAGCUGCGCAGGUAAUGAUGUUCUGAAAAAGGAAAGGAAAAGUGACAAACCCUAAUUUCAUAGUCGUACACAAUACUGUAAAUUUGUACAGUCUUUUAGACCAAUUUUAGGAGACUUGGUUGCUAUAGUCAGUGUAUCCUUGCUAUAUUUGCUACUCUCUUCAUGCACAAGUUAGGUCAUAAGGUCUACCUUGGGGUCCCUCUUAUGGAUAGAAAGUGCUGUAAUGUCUCUUCAUUUGUUUAUUCUUUUGUGACAAAACUAUAGUAUUUUGCAUAAAAUCUCCUAUAUAAUCGUAAAAUUGCAGAUUAACAGUUGGCUAUUUUUCCCCCCCUUCUCUUUGCUGUUAAAACUGCCCCCGCCUUCCCAUUUUUCGAUACAGUUCAUCUUGCUAGCCUACGUUGAGUAGCCGUGUUGCUGCUCUCGUCGGCAUUUUUGUAGUUCAGAGAUUGAUCUGGCCGACUUUACCUUUCUGAAAGGUUUCAUUAUUUUGUAUGAGAAUUUGCACCCGUUUUGUGGUGUGAGCGAUUAUCAUUAAUUAUUACUCUGUACGGGAUGUUAAUUUGUGAUCUGUCGUUAUCCCCCCUCUUUGUGUCCCCUUUUCCUGAAUAAUUAAAGUGCUGUAUUGUGGUU